AUGCCGGAGGGUACUCCACUUCCUAGGCCGUUUGAUCCUUUACGACCAUUACCUUUUGUCUUCCGGCCAGCUGUCUUUAGAGUACCGAUCCGGACUUUCGCGAAAAUCACGCGUCGCCAAAUAAGUUCUUCACAGACUCCUUCUUCGACGCAGCCGACUGGUAAUUACGGUCUGCUUAAUGAUCGUUGGGAUCGAGCGAAGGGCAGUAUCUCGUCCGCUUUCUUUGUUUUGCUUUGCUUGCUGUUGCCGGCAAUUUUUGCCCAAACACGUAAAACUAAGGAUCUUAACGAUGAGCCUUUUUUACCGAUACAUCCCGUCUACCCUUACAGCCCUAAGUUAAUUAAACGAGGUACCGAGACAGAGUCAACUUCGCAAUUAACGUCGGAGUUGUACGCGCCGAAAAUCGACGCCAAGGAUUCUUACAGUUCUAAUUACAACAACAAUCACCAUAAAGAUUCCUAUUAUCCUAAUUACGAUCUGUAUUCCAAAAACAACUCCCCUUCAUCCGUUCAUCCCUCGUACAACAGCGACGCAUAUCCUUACGCCAAUUUACCCUACGUCGUCUAUAAUCCAUAUUCUACACAAUACCCGGUGAAUCCUGCGUUGUAUCCAUCCCCAUCUUAUCCAAAUUAUUAUUACCAGCCACCCUAUUAUUAUCCUCAUUACUUCAAUCACGCUUCCCUUUCGCCAUUGCCAACGCCGUCGUCAGGCAUUGAUUAUCAGGAAACAUUGCAAGACUCCACCGAGACGUCGGAGAACGACAAGCUGAACAAGGACAAGCAGAGUACACAACCGAAGGAGAAUGAGACGAAUCAGGACGCGUCGACGAGCCAAUUCGUAGACGGCGGAAACUACAUAUCCGGCAACUUGAAGGAUCUCGACGGGCAAUCUAGCACGUACAAGAUAGCCAGUCUGUACAAUCAACUCGAUGUUCAAGCGAAGGGCCUGCCGAUUUUCCUGCCGAAGACGACGUACAGAGUAAUCAGCGUGGCGGGACAGCCGGUCGGCCCGGAUUACCCGCUGCCCGCGUCGUACGUCAAAGUUCAGCAAAUGGAACAGCUAAUGAGUCAGACGUUGGACAAUUUAUUGCCGCAGAAACAAACUGGUCAGUCUUACGAGAACGAUAAAGACGUCUUAAGCAGUGUCAACGAUGAAUCGUACGCGAACCAGAAUGCUUAUACUCCAAAUACGCCAUCAUACGUGACUCUUUCGGGCGCGAAAACUAAAACUGGUGUAACUUACGUGAUAAAUGUCGAUGGUACCGCUAAAGUCAACGGAGAACGGACGAAUUUACGAGAAGCUCCGUCUCAGAAAACUUCGAAUAAGAAUACAAGAUACUUGAGCGUCCAUUAUGUUCAAAAACCGGUGUCGCAAAUGACGUACGCAUCGUCUGAUAACCGCAUCAAGCAUCGCGAUCGUGUGAUCCAUCGUCGACCAACAAAUCAAAGAGAUGACUACAAUUACGGCGGCGUCUAUGAUCAGUCCAACAAACAGGAACAGAAUAACGGAAGCUAUCAAAAUCAAUCGGGCUCUUAUCAGAAUAAAGAUUUCACUGUCGCAUCUCAGACGCCCCGAUCUUACAGUUAUAAGUACUCGGCUUACGAAUUAGAUCAAGCACAGCAACAAGAUAAGAUCAAUCUGGAUGACGGUAACUUUGGAAAUAAACAAUAUAAUAAAGGAUGAUAUC